AUGGCCUGGAGGAUUUUUUACAAGGAAGUACUGCCAUUUAUAGCUAUGAUCUCUGUAGAAUGCACUAAUGUGGGUGUGAACACUCUAUUCAAAGCAGCUACUUUGAAAGGGAUGAGCUACUAUGUUUUCAUCUUUUACUCCUAUGCAUUUGCAACUCUUCUUCUCAUCCCUGUACCCUUCAUCUUUCGCAGCACUUCUUUGCGUCAAUCGCUCAAUUUGCCUUUUCUCCUCGGGAUUUGGGUACUUGUCCUUAUUUGGUUUAUAGCUCAGAUUGUUAGAAAUAAAGGUAUAGAAUACAAUUCUCCAACUCUUGCUUCAGCCAUGAGCAACCUACUACCACCUUUUACCUUUGCGUUGGCCAUCAUUUUCAGGCUCUCUUCCUCCAAUAUGAGAAGCUCAAGCACCCAAGCUGAAGUGAUUGGAACCAUAGUUUCAAUAACAGGGGCAUUAGUAGUGGUUCUCUACGAAGGCCCAGUUAUUUUAGCCACCGCAUUUCUAAAACAGAUCAUUCCAAUUCAAUGGCCUCUGCCUCAGGGUUCAGCAAAAUCAGAUUGGCUUAUUGGAGGCCUCUUACUUGCUACAGAAUAUGUUAUUUAUUCAGUUUGGUACCUUGUUCAGACUCAGAUUAUGAGGAUAUGCCGAGUAGAGCUGCUUGUGACCUUCGCCUACACCUUGUGUGUGAGCAUAAUAUCGGCACCAGUAUGUUUUAUUGCAGAAGAGAACAGGGAUGCUUGGCGACUGAGACCUGAUAUAGCAUUACUUGCUAUUAUAUACUCAGUGAGAAUCUGA